AUGAAGGAGCCUUUACUGACCAAUGAGAGAGCUUGGGAGAAGGAGGCGUUGGUGGUAGAGUGGAGGCGUAGUUGGGCGCUGUUGGGUGUGCUUGUUGUGCGCGAGAGGGCGGUGCUGGGCUCCCAUAUUGGGGUUGAUGAGAAUAGUUUGGACGAGCUGUCUGGCCGUGAGGCUGGCGCGCGCAGUGGAGAGGCGAACAGGAGUGUGGUGGAAAGCCUGGACGAGCCUCCUACUAGGCGAACAGCCCGCUUGCUCUGGGCUGUUUUUGGCAAGGAUGGAAGAGGGCAGGCGACUAUAGGCAUGCAGAUUGGGACAACACAGGCUGUAGAUGCGAGGGAGAGGGCCACGAUGGGCAAGCUGGUCUCGUCUUUAGCUGCUGCAGAGUGCGUAGAGGCGCAAGUGUGUGCAUGCGUGGGGAAGGCUUUGGGCACCCCUAUUGGCACUAACUUGGGCAGGUUGGGCAAGUAG